AUGGCAUGCAAAAGGUUCACCAAGGCGGCCGCCAUGCUUUUGGGCGGUGCCGCGGCGGUAGCGGUGGCCGACUUUACCAACCCAGUGCUCUGGGAGGACCUGGCGGACCUCGACAUCUUUAGAGUGGACGAUACUUUCUAUUACUCGGCCUCAACGAUGGCUUAUUCGCCUGGCGCCCCCAUCCUGCGCUCUUACGAUCUCGUCAAUUGGGAGUUCAUCGGCCACAGCGUUCCGGUGCUGGAUUUCGGAGACAAUUAUGAUCUCAAUGGUGGCCAGGCAUACGUGCAAGGCAUCUGGGCGUCAUUCUGCAACUACCGGCCCGCAAACCAGCUGUUCUACUGGGGUGGCUGCAUGCGCUCGGACCUCAAGACGCACAUCUACACAGCUUCCGACCCAUCUGGGGAAUGGAGCAAGCAUGCCAUCAUCGACAACUGCUACUACGACGCAGGCCUUUUGAUCGAUCCGGCCGACGACACGCUGUACGUGGCUUACGGCUCCACCAACAUCAGCGUUGCCCAGCUGUCGGCCGAUGGAACCACCCAGGUCAGCACUCAAGUCGUCUUCAAAUCGCCUUCGGAUCCAGGCUACAUUGAAGGAUCCCGUUUCUACAAAAUCAACGACACUUAUUACAUCUUCCUCACCCGGCCUCCAGACGCAGAGUACGUGUUGAAAUCGACGACCGGCCCAUUCGGCCCCUAUGAAGGCCGUUACCUCGUGGAUAGAGUUGCCGCUCCUGUCGCCGGCGGCGGCGCUCCGCACCAGGGUGGCAUUGUUGACACGCCCAACGGAGACUGGUACUACAUGUCUUUUAUCGACGCAUACCCGGGCGGCCGCAUGCCCGUCCUUGCGCCCAUAACCUGGGAUGACGAAGGCUGGCCGUCCGUCACGCUUGUUGAUGGGGUCUGGGGAGACACGUAUCCUUCUCCAGAUGUACCGACGCCGUCGCAGGAGGUCCAGUCCCCGGUCGGCAUAGACACGUUCUCGGGCUCAUCGCUCAGCCAUCAGUGGGAGUGGAACCAUAAUCCCGACAACACGAAGUGGUCGCUUGACGGAGGGCUGAGGCUGCAGGCGGCCACGGUGACGGGUGAUCUCUACGCUGCGCGCAAUACUCUGACUCACAGAAUCAUUGGCCCUGCUUCAGUAGGCACCAUUGUGAUGGACUACUCGUCAAUGACUGACGGAGACCGCGCGGGCCUGUCCCUCUUCCGUGACCAGUCCGCCUGGAUCGGCAUCGUCAAGGACGACGGUGCAACCAAGGUAGCCAUGUGGGAAGGCAUCACAAUGGACUCUAGCUGGAACACCAAUAGCACCGGUACCGAGGUCGCAAGCGCUGGCAUCUCUGGCUCCAAGGUCUAUCUGAAGGUCGAGGUUGACAUCGCUCCCGCCGGGACCCACCAGGGAGUCUUCUCGUACAGCGUUGAUGGAGCGACCUUUACUAGGUUGGGUCCGGCGUUCACAAUGAACACGGCCUGGCAGUACUUCAUCGGCUACCGCUUCGGCAUCUUCAACUUCGCCACCCAGGCUCUCGGCGGCUCUGUGCUCGUGGACUCGUUUGAGAUGCAGCUGGCAUGA